AUGCGCCGCAUAAUGCAGAAAAUAGGAUACUACUUCUCCAAUGCAGGAGGUCUAAAUUUUGGCAAAGGUCAGCGCACUCCGCUUGCCCCCUUUGUCCCAAAAGGGAAACCUGAUAACUAUUACGACAAGACUCGCAAGGGGUUGGGAUAUGUGUCUCCACCGCUAGUGCAAUGCUUCGAAGCUAGUGAAGAGUCGGAUGGUUACUCCAUUAGUUCUUCUUCCGAAUUGAUCUUUUGGGAUUCGGAUACCAUUCUAAAAAAGAAUGGGAAGAUCAGAGUUUGCAUUGACUUUCGAGAUUUGAACUCGGCAUGUCCAAAGGACGAUUUCGCUUUGCCCAUCACGUACAUCAUUAUAGACAACACGUGUGGAUUUGAAAGGAUGUCAUUCGUGGAUGGAUUCUUAGGGUAUAACCAAAUCAAGAUGUAUCAUGAAGACGAGAAGCAUACUUCUUUCAGAACACCUUCAGGGAUAUAUUGUUAUACAGUAAUGCCAUUCGGAUUGAAGAACACCAGCGUCAUAUAUCAACAUGCUAUAACCACUAUUUUUCGGGAAUAUUUGCGAAAGAUAGUGGAAUGCUAUGUUGACGACUUAGUUGUUAAAAUCCAUAGCAAAGGUGAUCAUCUGCAAGAUUUGAAAAUGAUGUUUGAGCUUAUGCAAUCACAUCAAUUGAAGAUGAAUCCAACCAAGUCCUUCUUGGGAAUGACCAGUGAAAUUUUUUUUGGGUUCGUGGUCACAACUAAUGAAAUCCACCUUGACCCGGAAAAAGUUAAAACUAUUCAAGAGCUUCCGCCUCCACGAAAUCUUAAGGAGCUUCACAGUCUACAAGGGCGUUUGUCUUACAUCCAUAGGUUUAUUUCCAACUUGUCGAGUAAGUGUCAGAUGUUCUCAAAACUCAUGAAGAAAGGUGUUUCCUUCAUUUGGGAUGAGGCUUGCCAGAAAGCAUUUGAGGAGAUCAAAUUAUAUCUCUCCAGCCCGCCCAUAUUGGUUGCACCAAAAUCGGGUAAGCUAUUCAUGAUAUAUGUCCGAGCUACAGAUCAUGCCUUAACAGGACUCCUAUCUCAAGACGAUGAUAAUGGCCAUGAGCAAGACAUUUACUAUCUUAGCAGAACUUUAUCAGGAGCUGAACACCGCUAUCCUCAUGUUAAGAAGGAAUGUUUGGCUUUGCCUAGCACAUUGAAUUGGCGACUUGCAAGAUAUGCAUUACUGCUAUCCCAGUACGAUAUCCUCUUCAAGCCUCAAAAGGCAGUAAAGGGUCAAGUCAUCUGCGAUCUCAUGGCCAACCAACCUAUGGAGGGAAGAGUUGAUUUAUACCAAGACAUAUCGAACAAGACUUGUGAAGCCAAUGCAGCCUCAAAAGAGCAAGUAUGGCAGUUAUUCUUUGAUGGUGCAUCAAGAACUAGCCCUAAAGCUACAAUUAUUACUGGAGUGGGGGUAGUAUUGGUUUCUCCGCAAAACCAUGUGUUGCUCCGAGAAUUCUCCCUGAUAGAACCAUGUUCUAACAACGUGGUUGAAUACAACGCUUUGCUCAUUGGUCUUGACCUAGCCAAGAAGCUGGGGGUAAAACACUUAGAAGCAUAUGGCGACUCAAAGCUCGUCAUUAACCAGUUGAAAGGGAAAUUCGAAGUCAGACAUGUAGAUCUGGUCCCUUAUCACGAAACGGCUAUUAUAUUGGCCAAUUCUUUUAAAGGCUUCUAUAUUGAUUAUGUGCCUCAUCUAAAGAAUACAUAUGCAGGCGCCUUGGCAUCACUCGCAGCUACAUUAGCUCUACCUAAAAUGAUUACUCAGCGGAUCACCGUAGCUAGCAAACAACUUUUCUGGCCUAAAUAUGCAUUGUAA